GGGUCCCCCGGCAGCGCGCCCCGUCCGGCCUGGCCUCGCUGAAAUCUCCCCAGCGCCGCGCCUCGAACCCACGCCCCGGGGCCAUGCCGGUCAUGAAGGGGUUGCUGGCCCCGCAGAACACCUUCCUGGACACCAUCGCCACCCGCUUUGACGGAACGCACAGCAACUUCCUGCUGGCCAACGCGCAGAGCCCGCAGGGCUUUCCCAUCGUCUACUGCUCCGACGGCUUCUGUGAGCUCACAGGCUAUGGCCGCACGGAGGUCAUGCAGAAAACCUGCAACUGCCGCUUCCUCUAUGGCCCCGAGACCAGCGAGCCAGCCCUGCAGAAGCUGCACAAAGCCCUGGAGGGCCACCAGGAGCACCGGGCUGAAAUCUGCUUCUACCGCAAGGACGGCUCGGCCUUUUGGUGUCUCCUGGACAUGAUGCCCAUCAAGAACGAGAUGGGGGAGGUCGUGUUGUUCCUCUUUUCCUUUAAGGACGUCACUCAGGGCAGAAGCCCAGGACUCGGCCCCCCAGGAAUCCCUGGGGACAGUCACCACGACAACUCUCUCGGCAAGAGGGGAGCCAGCUGGAAGCUCCGGUCCGCCAGAAAGCAGAGCCGCACUGUCCUACGCCGGCUGACUGGCCACUGUGGCCGCCAGGGCCAGGAAGGCCUGAAUGCCAAUAAUAACGUGUUUGAGCCAAAGCCAUCAGUGCCCGAGUACAAGGUGGCCUCCGUGGGGGGGUCCCGCUGCCUCCUCCUCCACUACAGCGUCCCCAAGGCCAUCUGGGACGGCCUCAUCCUCCUCGCCACCUUCUACGUUGCGGUCACCGUCCCCUACAACGUCUGCUUCUCGGGUGAUGAUGACACCCCCAUCACUUCGCGGCAUACCCUUGUCAGUGACAUCGCCGUGGAGAUGCUCUUCAUCCUGGAUAUCAUCUUGAACUUCCGUACCACCUAUGUGUCCCAGUCCGGUCAGGUGAUCUCUGCCCCUCGUUCCAUUGGCCUCCACUACCUGGCCACCUGGUUCUUCGUGGACCUUAUUGCUGCUCUGCCCUUUGACCUGCUUUAUGUCUUCAACAUCACAGUGACCUCACUGGUGCAGCUGCUGAAGACCGUGAGGCUGCUUCGGCUGCUGCGGCUGCUUCAGAAGCUGGAGCGGUACUCACAGUGCAGCGCGGUGGUGCUGGCUCUGCUCAUGUCGGUGUUCGCGCUCCUUGCCCACUGGAUGGCCUGCGUCUGGUACGUCAUCGGGCGCCGGGAGAUGGAGGCCAAUGACCCGCUGCUCUGGGACGUUGGCUGGCUGCACGAACUGGGCAAGCGGCUGGAGGCGCCCUAUGUGAACGGCUCCACCGGCGGCCCGGCCCGGCGAAGUGCCUACAUUGCCGCCCUCUACUUCACGCUGAGCAGCCUCACCAGCGUGGGCUUCGGCAACGUGUGCGCCAACACAGACGCCGAGAAGAUCUUCUCCGUCUGUACGAUGCUCAUAGGCGCGCUGAUGCACGCUGUGGUGUUUGGGAACGUGACGGCCAUCAUCCAGCGCAUGUACUCGCGCCGCUCACUCUACCACAGCCGCAUGAAGGACCUCAAGGACUUCAUCCGCGUGCAUCGCCUGCCGCGGUCGCUCAAGCAGCGCAUGCUCGAGUACUUCCAGACCACGUGGGCAGUCAACAGCGGCAUCGAUGCCAACGAGCUGCUGCGUGACUUCCCAGUCGAGCUGAGAGCUGACAUUGCUAUGCACCUGAAUCGGGAGAUUCUGCAGCUGCCGCUGUUCGGAGCAGCAAGCAGAGGCUGCCUGCGGGCCUUGUCACUGCACAUCAAGACCUCUUUUUGCGCCCCGGGCGAGUACCUGUUGCGCCGUGGGGACGCCCUGCAGGCACACUACUAUGUCUGCUCCGGCUCACUCGAGGUGCUCCGAGACAACAUGGUGCUGGCCCUCCUGGGGAAGGGGGACCUGAUUGGGGCAGACAUCCCUGAGCCGGGGCAGGAGCAUGGGUUGGGAGUGGACCCGAGUUCCGUGCUGAAGACCAGUGCCGACGUGAAAGCACUGACCUACUGUGGACUGCAGCAGCUGAGCAGCCAAGGGCUGGCUGAGGUCCUCAGGCUCUACCCUGAGUAUGGGGCCACCUUCCGGGCUGGUCUGCCCCGCGACCUCACCUUCAACCUUCACCAGGGCUCUGACACCAACGGCCUCAGCCGCUUUCCCCGGUCCCCUUGCCUCUCCCAGCCCCACUCAGAAAGCCUCGGCUCCUCCUCAGACAAGACACUGCUGUCCGUCACAGAGGCUCAGGGUGGUGUGGAGCCUGGGGGCGGCUCCUGGCCCCGCCGGCCCCUCCUGCUGCCCAGCCUCAGCCCAGCACGGCCACGGGGCUCCCUGGUCAGCCUUCUGGGCGAGGAGCUGCCCCCAUUCUCAGCCCUUGUCUCCUCUCCAUCCACAUCCCUGUCCCCCUCCCCUGCCCUGGCUGGCCAGGGCCACAGCCCCUUCCCUCACAGCCCCCCCAGGUGCCCUGCUGCCUGGAAGCCCCCUCAGCUUCUCAUUCCCUCACUGGGAACCUUUGGACCUCCGGACCUCAGUCCCCGGAUAGUGGAUGGCAUUGAGGACUCUGGCAACACAGCUGAGGCCCCUACAUUCCGGUUCAGCAGGAGGAUGGAGCCCCCAAGGCCCCGCUUGCAGGCCCACCCUCCAGGGACCAGGCCCGGCCAGGAACUGGCCACUGAGGAACCCGAGGAGGCAAAGGAGAAGGUCUGCAGGCUGAACCAGGAGAUCUCCCGUCUCAAUCAGGAAGUGUCUCAGCUUAGCCGGGAGCUGCAGCACAUCGUGAGCCUGCUGCAGGCCAGGCUGGGUCCCCCGGGCCCCCCAACAGGCUCAGCUUGGUUCCCAGACCUUCCUUGUCCCCAGCGGAGACCAUCAUGCAUCUCUCCCUGUGUGUCCAAAUUGCCACCCAGCCUCCAGCACACUACGCUUGCUGAGGUCCACUGCCCGGCCAGUGUGGGGACAGCGGAGAGGGGGACUGCCCUCCCAGACCUGAGACCUCCCACACUAUCCCCCUACUCCUCAGAGCCAGACCCUCUGGGACCCUCCCCAGUGCCAGAGGCCUCACCCCCAACCCCCAACCUCAUGAGGCAGAGUUUCCAGUCCAAGUCAGACACGUUCCACUGACCCCGGCCCCGGGCCCAGGCCUGUCUGGGGUGGGCAUUGCUGCCUGCCAUCCAGGGAGGAGCUGGGCCCCUUGGCCUCCUGUCGAGGGGUCAGCAGCCACCAGCUGGUCUGGUUGGCUCUGGAUUUCUGGAUUUUUUACAAGGCAUGGACGCCUCUGACUGUAUCCCUCUUGCAAACCUUCCCAUCCUCCUCUGUGAGGGUGCCACCUGAAGACGUGGAUCCCAGCAGGUGUGAGAUGGACAUGGUGCCCACGGGCCUAGGCAGAUGAGAUCCUACCUUCUCAUCAGGACCUGGAGGCAGGCUGUCUCUCAAGGUGGUCUCGUCUGCUGCUAGCAACUCAAAAAGUCCCAGUAGUGCUCCUUACCCUUUCCCCCUGCAACAUGGUCUCACUCAGGGCCUGAAUUUCUCCAGAAUUCGCCCUUGUCCCCAGCUCUCCUUCACCACCUGACACCCUGGAUU